GACCACAUGUCACAUACUUUUGCAGUUCGAUCAUUCAUCAUAGUACUACAUUUACAUUAUUAGUACUUACUAUUCUGAACUUCGCUACCAAUUUCUCAUAAAAAAAAUCUCAUCUCUCUCAUCUCAACUUCUGACACACCCCACGCUCAUCGUAACUGAAAUUUUUUCACCCAAACCAACAACAAACAAACUUCCAUUUUCUCUCUCCUCUGUUUUUCUCUCAACAACAUCAACAAUGGCGAUUACAACAACUUUUCAAUCAUUCCUCCAUGAAAAGAAAUACUCCUUCAUCUUCAUCCUCUCUCUCCUCUUCCUCUCUUUCACUCUCCUCCUCAUUUCAAAUUCUCAAUCCUCUUUCUCUCUCUUCUCCUCUCUCACCUCUCUUCCUCAACCACCUUCCAUCAUUUCUCCAGAAAUUUCUCCAGAAAUCGCCGUAACAAAUUCAUCUCCGAUCAUCGCAACAUCUCCGUCGUCGGAAUUAGGUUUCCGAUCAUCUUCUCCGGCGAAAUCGAUCUCCGUUGGUGUGAUCGAUUUCGAUAAAGAUCUUCUCAAAUUGAAUUUUGAGGUUUGUAAGGGAGGUGUAGCUGUGGAUUUUAUACCUUGUUUGGAUAAUUUGAAAGCGAUUAAAUCGCUGAAAUCGAGGAAGCAUAUGGAACAUAGAGAACGACAUUGUCCAGAACCUAAUUCUAGGUGUUUGGUGCCGUUGCCGAGAGGUUAUAAGAUUCCUAUUUCGUGGCCUAAGAGUAGGGACAUGAUCUGGUAUGAUAAUGUCCCUCAUCCUAAGUUAGUGGACUACAAGAAGGACCAGCAUUGGGUUGUCAAGUCAGGUGAUCAUUUUAUAUUUCCUGGAGGUGGAACCCAAUUUAAGGAAGGUGUUACAAACUAUAUCCAGUUUAUUGAAAAGGCUAUACCCGUUGUCAAAUGGGGUCAAAACAUUAGGGUUGUUCUGGAUGUUGGUUGUGGUGUUGCCAGCUUUGGAGGACAUUUGUUGGAUAGAGAUGUUCUCACAAUGUCAAUGGCCCCCAAGGAUGAACAUGAAGCUCAAAUACAGUUCGCUCUAGAACGUGGAAUACCUGCCUUUCUUUCAGUUAUUGGAACUCAACAGCUAACAUUUCCAGACAAUGCCUAUGAUCUCAUUCAUUGUGCAAGGUGCAGGGUUCAUUGGGAUGCGGAUGGCGGCAAACCCUUACUGGAGCUUAACAGGAUUCUCAGGCCUGGAGGAUUCUUCAUCUGGUCUGCCACACCAGUCUAUCGCAAGGAUGCAAAGGAUGUGACUGUAUGGAACUCCAUGGUAGCUUUAGCAAAGUCAAUGUGCUGGGAGGUAGUAGGUAAGACCAUGUCAUCAACAGGAAUUGGACUUGUGGUGUAUCAGAAGCCUGUCUCACCAUCCUGCUACAGGGAGCGUGAAAAGAACAACAUCCCAAUGUGUGAUAUGGGCAGAAAUAUGUCCUGGUACUCACCUCUCCAAAAAUGUCUUCCCCAUCUUCCGCCUGAAGCCUCCAGUUGGCCUCCUCUUUGGCCGAACAGGCUCACCACAAAGCCUUUAAGCCUCCCUUCAGCUCCCCUUGUGGAACAAGCGUUUCAUAAUGACACCCGUGAUUGGCAUGCUCUGGUAGCAAAUGUUUAUAUUGGUGGCCUUGGAAUAAACUGGUCAAGCGUGCGUAACGUGAUGGACAUGACUGCUGGUCAUGGAGGAUUUGCUGCAGCACUUAUUAAUAUGCCGCUGUGGGUGAUGAAUGUUGUCCCAGUCCAUGAGCCGGAUACACUUCCCAUAAUAUUUGACCGAGGGUUGAUUGGAGUUUAUCAUGAUUGGUGUGAAUCUUUUAACACUUAUCCGCGGACAUAUGAUCUCCUACACUCCACUUUCCUUUUCAGCAAUCUUCCGGAUAGGUGCAACAUCAUUGACGUGGCUACGGAAAUUGACCGCAUCGUCAGACCAGGUGGAUGGAUAUUGUUCCAAGAAACCAAAGAGAUGAUCAACAGUAUAGGAGCAAUUUUUCAUUCUCUUCAGUGGUCUAUGACUCUCCACAAUGAUCAAUAUCUCGUUGGCCAUAAAAGCUUUUGGCGCCCACGGGGUGGUCGUGUGCAAAGAUGAACUAUAAAAAGAAAGUGCAACCUUAAAAUGUAGUAUAAUUUCUCUAUGCAGUUUCUUUUACCAUUUAUUUUUUGAUGCCACAGCAUAAUAGCAUAUGCAUAAGUGAUAAGUGUAUAGGGAUAUUCUAAAUACCUUCCUUUUUAGAGGUAUUUGCGAUAUUAUGUAUAAGAGAAAAAAGGAAAUUUUGUCGGAGGAAAUUUCUUGAAGGAGUUUACCACAUAAAUUACAGCCUGAUUUCACGUA